AAUUCAAAAGUGAAAGUAAACUUAGACUGGCGGCGGCGACAUUUUAGUACUGCGAUUAGUAAACAAAAACUUCUGUUAAAACAGAUUGUCUUAACAGGCGCGUUUUAAAGAAAUGUACGCGUUGUUCAAGACAGGAUAACUCUUAUUUCGACGUAGGUGAGUGUGGGAAUACGAUGGCAGGUCAGAGUUUAUCUGAUUCAACAUUCAUUUAGUAUUCCAGUGGGUGUUUCCGUCUCCUCGUACUGUCUCUGUCUUGCAUUAAAACAUGAGUCGAGUACAGAUGGACAGAUCAGACCCCAGCUGUGUGUCCUUGAAGAGUGACCGGUCUAUGCAUCAUCCACCUGAGUUACAGGAACACAAAAAACGUGGUUUUGGUCAUGUCCAGAUGGACGGAUCAGACCCCAGCUGUGUGUCCAUGAAGAGUGACUGGUCUAUGGAGCCUUCACCUAAGUUACAGAAACACAAUGAUCUUGACUUUGGUCGAGUCCAGAUGGCCAGAUCAGACCCCAGCUGUGUGUCCAUGAAGAGUGACCGGUCUAUGCAUCAUCCACCCGAGUUACAGGAACACAAUAAACUUGGCUUUGGUCAAGUCCAGAUGAACGGAUCAGACCCCAGCUGUGUGUCCAUGAAGAGCGACCGGUCUAUGCAUCAUCCACCUGAGUUACAGGAACACAAUAAACUUGACUUUGGCCCUGACCCUAAAUGUGCUGAAGUCUUGAACACAUUCAGAUCAAAUCUACAGAAGAAGUUUCAGUGUUUGUAUGAGGGAACAUCAAUGCAGAGAAACCCAACACUACUGAAUGAGAUCUACACAGAGCUCUACAUCACAGAGAGUGAAAGUGGAGAGAUCAGUAAUGAACAUGAAGUGAGACAGAUUGAGACACAAUCCAGAAGAACAACAACAGAGGAGACACCAAUCAAAUGUAAUGACAUCUUUAAACCUUUACCUGAACAAGACAAACACAUCAGAAGUGUGCUGACAAAGGGAGUCGCUGGCAUUGGAAAAACAGUCUCUGUACAGAAGUUCAUUCUGGACUGGGCUGAAGAGAAAGAGAAUCAGGACGUCCACCUCAUAUUUCCACUUCCUUUCAGAGAGAUCAAUUUGAUGAAGGACAAAACACUCAGUCUUUUAGAUCUUCUUCAUCUUUUUUUCCCACAAACAAAAGAAAUGGAAAUCUUCAGUGAUAAAUAUAAAGUGUUGUUCAUCUUUGAUGGUUUGGAUGAGUGUCGUCUGUAUCUGGAUUUUUACAGCAGUGUGAGGUUGUGUGAUGUAAGUGAAUCAACCUCAGUGGACGUGAUGCUGACAAACCUCAUCAAGGGGAAUCUGUUUCCCUCUUCUCUCAUCUGGAUCACCUCCAGACCAGCAGCAGCUGAUCUCAUCCCCUCUGAGUGUGUUGAUCGAGUCACAGAGAUACGAGGCUUCAGUGAUCCACAGAAGGAGGAAUACUUCAGGAAGAGAAUCAGUGAUGAGAGUCUGUCUGAUCAAAUCAUCUCACACCUGAAGUCAUCCAGGAGUCUCUACAUCAUGUGUCACAUCCCAGUCUUCUGCUGGAUUUCAGUCACUGUUCUAGAGAGAAUGAUGAGUGAAGCAGAGAGAAGAGAGAUCCCCAAGACUCUCACUGAAAUGUACACACACUUCCUGAUCAUUCAGACAAACAUCAAACAUCAGAAGGACUAUGAGAGGACUGAUAAAGAUGAAGAGAUGAUCUUUAAACUGGGUAAACUGGCUUUUGAACAGCUUAUGAAAUGCAAUCUGAUCUUCUAUGAUGAAGACCUGAGAGAUUGUGGCAUUGAUGUAUCAGAAGCAUCAGUUUACUCAGGAUUGUGUACUCAGAUCUUCAGAGAGGAGUUUGGUUUGUAUCAGGGGAAAGUUUACUGCUUUGUUCAUCUGAGCAUUCAGGAACAUCUAGCAGCUCUAUAUGUGUUGUAUUCAUUCCUGUUAUAUAAGAGGGCUUUACACAAUGAAUGUUUACCGUCAAAAUAUGCGAAUGAGUUCACAUGUGACACAAUAUCACAUCUGCAUCAGAGAGCUGUGGAUAAAUCUCUAAAGAGUGAGAAUGGACAUCUGGAUCUUUUCCUCAGAUUUCUUCUGGGUCUCUCACUGGAGUCCAAUCAGAAACUUCUGCAGGAUCUUCUGAAACACAAAGAGAAAAUCUCCUGGAGCAAAGAGAAAACUGUUAACUACAUUAAAAGCAGAAUAAGAUUGAAUCCUAAUCCAGAUAAAUCCAUCAAUCUGUUUCACUCUUUAAAUGAACUGGGUGAUCAGUCUCUUGUGAAUGAAGUCCAGAAGUAUAUAAAGUCUGGAAAUCUUUCAAACAAGAAACUCUCCUCUUCUCAGUGGUCAGCAGUGGUUUUCAUUUUGCUGACAUCAAAGCAGUUAGAUGUGUUUAAGUUGAGUAAAUACAUAAACAGAUACUUCAACAAAGAUCACAUGACACCAGAUGAAGUUCUUCAGAAGCUGCUGCCUGUGGUUGAAGCAUCAAGAUCAGCUGUGCUUACUGAUUGUGAACUGUCAGAGAAAAGCUGUUCUGGUCUGACUUCAGUACUAACUUCAAAAUCUUCAUGUCUGAGAGAUCUGAAUCUGUCUCAUAAUAAUCUAAGAGAUUCAGGAGUGAAGCUGAUCUGUGAUGGACUGAAGAAUCCAAACUGUAAACUGGAGACACUGUGGUUGAGGGAUUGUGGUGUCACAGAUGAAGGUUGUGCAGCUUUGGCUUCAGCUCUGAAAUCAAACACACAUCUGAGAGAUCUGGAUCUGUCUGUGAAUAAUCUAAGAGAUUCAGGAGUGAAGCUGCUCUCUGAUGGACUGAAGAAUCCAAACUGUAAACUGGAGAAACUGAAGUUGGAUGAGUGUGGUGUCACAGAUGAAGGUUGUGCAGCUUUGGCUUCAGCUCUGAUAUCAAACUCACAUCUGAGAGAUCUGGAUCUGUCUGUGAAUUAUAAUCUAAGAGAUUCAGGAGUGAAGCGGCUCUGUGAUGGACUGAAGAAUCCAAACUGUAAACUGGAGAAACUGAAGUUGAAUCAGUGUGAUGUCACAGAUGAAGGUUGUGCAGCUUUGGCUUCAGCUCUGAGAUCAAACACACAUCUGAGAGAACUGGAUCUGUUUGGGAAUGAUCUAAGUGAUUCAGGAAAGAAGCUGCUCUCUGAUUUAAAGGAGGAUUCACAUUUUAAACUAGAGACACUGUCGUAAGUAAAUAAUUGUCUU